UUAACAAACACCUAAAAAGGCCGGCCGCGCGUCCUGGCUCCAUCCUCCAUGUAUUUAAAUUUAAUAUGUUUUAUCAUACUAUAAAAAGGUCUGGUAGUACUCCUCUUAUUCUCAAAUCAGUUGUAGUAAAAGAUUUAUUAGUUAAAAGCUAACCAUGGCCGGCUAAGUAGUUCAUUAAUUAGUCCUGAAUUAAUUUCCUCAUUAGUGCUACCGCUAGCUAACUGCAGGGAGCACGUACGGUACGGUAUGGCAUCCUCCAUGCUAUUGAUGAUGAUGAUGAUGGUGAUGCUGUUUGGGUGCAGGGAGGCUGAUGCAGGGUCUAAUCGCAAUAGUAAUAGUAAAUUGAUGGUAUCUUCUUUGAUAAGUAGAGAGCUUUACGGGAGGUUGUUUCUUCACAAGGAUGACAAUGCAUGCCCGGCCAAAGAUUUCUACACCUACGAGUCAUUUAUGAAAGCCAGCAGAUGCUUUCCCAGAUUCGGAAGCACAGGAAGUGUAAGCACCCGCAAGCGUGAAAUUGCGGCAUUUCUGGCGCAGAUCUCCCACGAGACCACCGGUGGCUGGGCUACCGCUCCCGAUGGGCCCUAUGCUUGGGGUUUGUGCUUCAAAGAGGAAGUCAGCCCCCAGAGCAACUACUGCGACUCCACUAACACUCGCUGGCCUUGCGUUCAGGGCAAGUCUUACAAAGGAAGAGGCCCCAUUCAGCUCUCCUGGAACUUCAACUAUGGUCCUGCUGGCAAGGCCUUGGGCUUUGAUGGGCUGGGGAAUCCCGAGUUGGUUGCCAACGACUCUGUCAUUGCCUUUAAAACCGCUCUUUGGUUUUGGAUGACACCCCAAAAGCCCAAGCCCUCUUGCCACGAUGUUAUGGUGGGCCGCUAUGUCCCCUCCCCUGCCGACCUGGCUGCCAAUCGUACCGCCGGUUUCGGCCUCCUCACCAACAUCAUUAACGGUGGCCUUGAGUGUGGGAUACCCAACGAUCCACGAGUUAACAAUCGGAUUGGAUAUUUCCUAAGAUAUGCCAGCCUCUUUAAUGUUGAUACCGGACCCAAUCUCGAUUGUCAGAAUCAGAAAUCCUUUUGACCCACCCCUUCACCUUAAUUAACUUUUCGAUCAUACCCUCUCUCUCUCUCUCUCUCUCUCUCUCUCUCUCUACUCUGUUGUCGGUAUGUAUAGACAGACCAUACAUACAACAUGGUAUUAAUUCAUGCCUCUUUAAUUUUAUGCAAUUCCCUUGUUUAAUUUCUGUUUUA